UCACUAUCUCUCUUUGAAACAAAAGGAGAGGUUGAUAUAAUCUUUUAUUCCUCGUUAUUUCCAACCCUAAUCUAGGGUUACGGUGGUUGAUCGAAUCUAUUCUUCCUUCGUUACUUCUCACCCUAAUCUUGAGCGAAGAUGAGGGGUAUGGUUAAGGGAGGUGUGUGGAAGAACACAGAAGAUGAGAUCCUCAAGGCCUCCAUGAUGAAGUACGGUAGGAACCAGUGGGGUCGGAUCUCGUCUCUCGCCGUUCGCAAGUCAGCAAAACAGUGCAAAGCUCGCUGGAACGAGUGGCUCGAUCCGUCCAUCAAGAAGACCGAAUGGACCGUCGAAGAGGACGAGAAGCUUCUCCAUCUCGCAAAGAUUUUGCCUACUCAGUGGAGAACCAUCGCUCCUGCCGUGGGGCGCACGCCAUCUCAGUGCCUUGAGAGGUACGAAAAGCUUCUCGAUGCAGCAUGCGGUAAGGGCUACGAAGCAGGGGGUGAUCCGCGGAAGCUAGGUCCUGGUGAGAUUGAUCCUAAUCCGGAGUCGAAGCCUGCUCGUCCUGAUGCGGUGGACAUGGAAGAUUAUGAGAUGGAGAUGCUGUCUGAAGCGAGGGCUAGAUUUGCUAACACUAGGGGGAAGAAGGCGAAAAGAAGAGCUAGAGAGAAGCAGAUUCAGGAAGCUAGGAGUCUUGCUUCUCUGCAAAAGAGGAGGGAACUAAAAGCAGCUGGGAUUGAUGAUGGAAAGCAUAGGAAGAGCAAGGGAAAGGGGAUCGACUAUGGUGCAGAGAUUCCUUUCGAGAAGAGGGCACCUGCAGGAUUUUAUGAUACUGCCGAUGAACGUUAAGGAAUGUUGUUGUUGUUUUAUGAUCUUUAACUUUGAGUUGAUGAAUGUUGUGAGAUGAAUAUGUUUUGUAUUAACAAUUUCAGUUUCUUCAUUGUUUGAUAUUUCCUUUUAUCUGAAUCUUGAUGACCAAAUUAAGUCAUUUUUGUGUACAGGGCAAAGCGGACAAAACUAGGAACUAAAACUUGUUGCCAAGACAGUGUAACAACAGCGAAAGUGGGGGUGUGAUUCUGAAGAGUUGGAAGAUGAAGAAGCUGCAUUAAGUUUGGGCUUGUAGGUGGAACGAUAUUGUUUAAGGCCAACGGAUUGAAAGACGGUGACAGCAUCAGUCUUUGGUCUUUCAGAUGCCAAGGAAUCCUUUAUCCUCUUUCCAUAUGACAGAUUCUUAAGCUCUUGGUAUACUGAUUUACUGAAUUCCAAUUAACAAGAUUGGGGUGUUACUUGUUGGGUUU